ACCGAGGGGCCUCUCUCGCAUGUGCUAAUUGGGGGCUCUUUCUUUCCUAUCCACCCUAUCUCUCCUUCCCUCUUUCUAUGUAACCCGAAAACCCCACCCGUUUUCGGUCGUUCUUCACGUGGUUUUGAUCUAAUAAAACCGGCCAAAAACCAGUCGUACGGAAACCCUAGAGUUUCCUGUUUCUCUUUUCAUGGAAGAAGAAGAGGAGAUUUCGGAUGUUUUCAUUUCUCAACAAUACGAGCAUUCCACCGAGGCAGAGGACCGGCCGCCUCAGGACGAGUUGGAGCCGUCUGGUGCCCAGGAUGUCACCGCUCUUCUUUCCGAAACCCUAAUACUUCCUGAAGUUGUAGACGACUCACAGCUCCUCGGCUCUCCUCCUGCUGUUGCAGCCCCUGCCGAGGAGCCGGCUCCGGUGGAGGCGACGGCUUCGGUAGAGGCGACGGCUCCAGUAGAGGCGACGGCUCCGGUGGAGGGGACGGCUGCGGUGGAUGCGAUGGCUGCGGUGGAUGUGAUGGCUACGGUGGAUGCGACGGCUAUGGUGGAUGCGACGGCUACGGUGGAUGUGACGGUUAUGGUGGAUUCGAUGGCUACUGUGGAUGCCACGGCUCUGAUGGGGGCGACAGGAGGGAUGGAGGAGGAGGUGAAGGAAGCGGGGGAGGCUGCUGUUGUGGAGACGAGCCGAGGAGGGAGGCGGAGGCGGGGCCGGCCAACAGCAUCUUUACGGCACCGUCCUAGGGCCCCACCGAAGAAGAAGGAAGAAGAGGAUGUUUGCUUCAUAUGUUUCGACGGUGGGAAUCUCGUCCUCUGUGAUCGGCGGGGUUGCCCGAAGGCAUAUCACCCUCAAUGCAUUAAUCGUGAUGAGGCUUUCUUCCGAUCAAAGGGUCGAUGGAACUGCGGUUGGCAUAUAUGCAGCAAAUGUGAAAGGGCUGCCCAGUAUAUGUGCUAUACUUGUACAUAUUCCUUGUGCAAGGGGUGCAUGAAAGAAGCUGGAUUUCUAUGUGUUAGAGGAAACAAAGGCCUGUGUGAAACAUGCAUGAGAACUGUUAUGCUGAUAGAGCAAAAUGGGCAGACAAACAAUGGAAUGCCUGCAGUAGAUUUUGAUGACAAGACCAGCUGGGAGUAUCUCUUCAAGGAAUACUGGCUUGAUUUGAAACGGAAGCUAUCAUUAGCUCCAGACGAGCUCACUAGAGCGAGAAAUCCAUUGAAGGGUUCUGGUGUUUUGGCUCGCAACGGCGAAUCUUCUGAUGAAUUGUAUGACGCUAAUGCUGAUAUAGGUUCUAGUUCAGACAGUUCUUCCGGACACCUUGAAGCGAGUACUACAAAGAAAGGGAAGAAACGGUCAAGGUCCUCUGCCAGUAAGGAAGGUUCUUCUAUUGUGAAACAUGAAGUUGGUAGCGAACGGCCAUCUGUUCCAGAGGGCACAGAAUGGGCUUCAAAAGAGCUCUUGGAGUUUGUUUCACACAUGAAGGAUGGAGAUAAAUCAAUCUUAUCCCAGUUUGAUGUUCAGGCUCUUUUGCUAGAAUAUAUUAAACGAAAUAAUCUUCGUGAUCCACGCAAGAAAAGUCAAAUCAUAUGUGAUUCAAGGCUGGAAAGUCUGUUUGGAAAAGCACGCGUGGGACAUUUUGAAAUGUUAAAGCUUCUUGAAUCACACUUUCUCAUUAAAGAAAAUCCUCUACCAUUAGAAGAUGACGGUCAAGGGGGAAUGUUAGAUAGUGAGGCUAUUCAAAUGGAGGCUGAAGGUAACAGUGAUUCUGCAAAGGCAGUUUUAGAUAAGAGAAGGAAAAUACGCAAAAGGAUUGAUGACAGAGGGCCGCAGGCUAAUCUUGAUGAUUAUGCAGCCAUUGAUGUUCAUAAUAUUAAUUUAAUUUACUUGCGACGUAACUUGAUGGAGGAUUUGAUUGAUGAUGUGGAAAAGUUCCAAGAUAUGGUUGUUGGCUCUUUUGUUAGAAUAAGGAUUUCUGGCACAGGUCAAAAGCAAGAUAUGUACAGGCUAGUUCAAGUUGUAGGUACUGGCAAGGCGGCAGAGAUGUAUAAAACUGGGAAAAAGACAACAGAUUUUACGGUUGAGAUAUUGAAUUUAAACAAGACAGAGGUUAUAUCUAUCGAUAUAAUUUCAAAUCAGGAGUUUACUGAGGAAGAAUGCAAGCGUUUGCGUCAAAGCAUAAAAUGUGGAUUGAUUCCUCGCCUAACAGUGGGAGAGGUUCAGGGAAAAGCAAGGGCCCUCCAGGCAGUGAGAGUCAAUGAUUGGUUGGAAACGGAGCUGUUGCGGCUUAGUCAUCUUCGUGACAGGGCAAGUGAAAAAGGCCGUAAAAAGGAGCAUAGAGAAUGUGUAGAAAAAAUCCAGCUCUUGAACACGCCUGAGGAGCGUUCUCGUAGACUGCAGGAACUUCCUGAAGUACAUGCUGACCCGAAUAUGGAUCCAGGAUAUGAAUCCGAUGAACAUGAAGAGGAACUAGAUGAUAAGAAACAAGACAACUACAUGAGGCUGAGAGAUUCUGGACUUUCUAGGAAGGGAAGAGAUCCGAUCUCUCCAGGAAAAGUUAUGGCUUCAAAUGAUGGUUGGAGUGCUGCAUGGAAUCCAGGCAGAAAUGUGUCACCAAAAGGAGUUAGCUGGGAUAAAGCAGACGCUGCUACUGCUGCUGGUGAGAGAACAAAUGAUUCAUGGAAUCAAGGAAGAGAUGCGCACCACACAAACAGUUGGGAGGCUGCUACAAGUUUGGAGUCUGCUGCAUGGAAUAGCCAACCCAUGACAAGAUCUGGACAGCCUUCUAGUGCACCAGAAAGUGCAUCAACACCUCUAGCUUCAGUGGUGGUAGUAUCAUCUACCAUCAGUGAGACUGACAAAAUAUGGCACUAUCAGGACCCAUCUCGCAAAAUCCAAGGACCCUUUUCAAUGGCGCAGUUGCGUAAGUGGAGUAAGACAGGAUAUUUUCCAGACAAUCUUAGAAUAUGGAAAGUACUUGAGAAGCAAGAAGACUCUAUAUUGUUGACAGAUGCACUGAUUGGGAAGUUCCAGAAAGACUCUAUAUCCCAACUGACAGAUAAACGUCAAAAUGGUAGUGCAGCACCACCUGCAGCAGUCAAUUCCUCUCUCAGUUGGGAUUCAUCAAAGGGUUCCAAUGCAUGGUCCGGUCAAGCCCCAAGCCACACCCCGGGACUAUCAUUCUCUGGGCAGUCGUAUCAAAUGCCAUCCCAUCAAGGAAGAGACGGUCAGGGUGGAGGUAAUGCUGGCAGAUGGAAUUCCAUUCAGACACAUGGAAAUCUGAACAUAGCCACAGGGAUUAAUCAGCCCAGUACUUGGGGGUCUUCUGGCCAAUCUUCUGGAGAAGGUCUGAAGGUGCAACCAGAAAUGCCAUCAGCAGUAGCCCACAAAUUUACAGCAGAAGGGUGGGGUACCAAUCAGGGUAGCAGAAAUGAUUUUUCAGAUCCACCUACACCUACACCGAAGCCAAGCAGUGGAGGGUGGACAGUGGGGCAGGUUGCUGAUCACACAUGGUCUCCUACUUCUGUUCAGCCUGGCUCUACCUGGCCCACCACUCCAAUUUCUGGAAUGAAUGGCCCACAGCAACAGCCUCCAGCUGUUGCGACCGAUUCUAGCAUCAUUGUUGGGGGAUGGGACUCUAACCAUUCGCCAGCUUCCACUCUUAAGCCGACUGAAACAGGUGGUUGGAUUUCUGGGCAACCAUCCCCGAAUAUACUGCCUGAAGGUGCAGAGCAAGGCAACAGAAAUGGUUCGCUGAAUCUGCCUGCCCCCACUCCAAAGCCAAGCAGUGCUGGUGGUUGGGCUGGCAGCCAGGGGCCUACUGUUUCAGCUGUUUCUGUUCAACCAACAAGUGCUGGAUGGAGCAAUGCUCGAACUCCUGGAGACACUGGAGAACAGCUGUCUUCAUCUGUUGUGAAUGAACCUUUCAAGGUAGCUCUUGCUUGGGACCCACCAUCCCCCAAUCUAGUAAAACCUUCAGUCGACAAUAUUCCAGAAGGUCAGCAGACAACACUUCCUGAUGUUUCUAGCUCGUCGACCCAUAUGAUGGUGGAUUUUUUAAGCUCUGAAGGCAAUCGGCAAGUUCCUACUCAGAUUAUGGUGACAGAUCAGCAACAUGUAGUCUCACAUGGAGUUGAGCCAGAAAAGAAGUCCCAAACACUUGUUUCUACAGUUGCUGAGAGCGCAAUGUUAGUAGAUGAUCAAGGACCUGAUCCUACUACCUCAGCUACUGCUUCCAGUCUUCCACCUGCCCAGGCCUCUGAAGUGAAUUGGCAAGCACUGGCUCCAUUAGCAUCAGCUGAAUUUCUCCAGUCAAACAUGCAGAACCAGGUUCAUUUUGCAUUUUCGGAGAGCAUUCAGACACCUUCUACAGCUGCAGCAAUCUUGUCACAGGACGGAUGGGGACCUUCUGGUUGGAAUGUUGUUGCCAAUGCUGCAGUCAACAACAGCCAGCCAAACCCAUCGGUCCUCUUGUCUGGUAACCCAUGGAAUGCUGGUCCUGUUAUUGAGUCUCCUAUUCCCAUGAUGAACACAGGUCGAGUUGCAGGGGCAACAGAAAACCGAAAUACUCUUUGGAUGACAGCUGAAAAUUCAAACCAAAGUUGGUUGCCAGCGCAAGGAAAUGCAAACACCGGGUUUGGAACAGCCCCACCACAGGGGAAUACAAAUGCUGGGUGGGGAAUGGGAAUGGCGCCACCGAAUGCAAAUGCGGGAUGGGGAGCAGCUGUACAUGGAAAUACCAAUAUGGGUUGGGAUCCAUCUGCUGGAAAUUCAAGCAUGUGGGUUGGUAAUCAACAGACUCCCAUGGGGGAGAGGUUUUCUGGUCAGAGCGACCGAGGUUUCCAGGGCGGUGAAUCUGGGCAAGGUGGCGGGAGGCCUUUGUGGAUGAGGCAGGCAUCUGGUGGGGGAGGAGGGUCUUCCAGGCAGGCCCCUCCCAGAGGUGGGGGGCAGAGAGUGUGCAAAUUCCAUGAGAAUGGGUAUUGCAAGAAGGGUUCCUCAUGUGGCUAUCUGCAUACCUGAUAAGACAAAAUAGAGAGAGAGAGAGAGAGAGAGAGAGAGAGAGAGAGAGAGAGAGAGAGAAACAUCUUGAUUUUGUGUACAGCCAUUUUCAUUUUAGGAGCUUUGGCUUAUUUAGCUAACGUUGGCUUUGUUACAUGAUGGAGAACUUGUGCAGUUAGUAGCAUAUGGUGUACUUUAUUUCUCUGCAAUUUUGUUGUGUUUUGCGUUUCUUUCCGUCGUUACAGAGUGCUGCCAUUCCAGAAUUCUGGGCGCAUGGCUUAAUAAUUAUAUGUUGCUGUUGCGUUCUAAUUAUAUAUGUCGUGUCCCAUCC